GGUUAGAGUAGCGCUGAAGCCACUGAUGAAGAUCUGUGCGGGGGGGCCUGGAAGGAUUUACACUUUCUCGACGAACGCCUCAUGUUAAUGCAUCUCCUCACCUCUGGUUCACUCGCUAACGAUCAGCGGCUCACGUUUCUAGGCAAUGCUUAUUUGGGGCGUGACAGUGUAUUGAGUUCAAUCUACCCAUCUCGACUGAUCGACAGAAGAUCGCAGAGACUACCCCUCUCUAUGGCUUACGCCUGGCGUGAAGAGGCGUCGAAGCUGGCGAUGCAGGAACAAUUCCAUCCACGUCGGAGUCCAUGAUGAUGUCCGUAACAUCGCGGCGUCGAGUUCGACGAGGAGGCCGUCCUCAUGGAAACAUAAAUAGGUCUUCAUCGGACGGCCGUCAUCAAGAAAUUACUUCUCAUCAUCAUCAUCUCAACAGCUCAUCAACUGCCUUCUCCAUUCAUCAACUCCAAACCUCGCAUUUUCAAAACCCAACCCACAAAUCAAGAUGCGUUUCUCCAGCUUCCUCCUCGCGGCCAUCGCGCCCUUCGCCCUCGCCGCUCCCCUCGUCGCUGAGCGCGAUGUGACCGCCGUCGCCACCGCUGUCGACAGCAUCACCGCCAAGGUCAAGCUCGUCACCAGCGCCGUCGUCAAGCUCCAGGUCGGUGACCUCAAGGUCGCCCUCUCCGUCUCGAGCUCCCUCGACGACGUCAACGCCGCCGUUGACGCCGCCACCGCCAUCAUCGACAAGGCUGCCGCCCUUACCGUCGCUGAGUCCAAGCUCAUCGUCGCCAAGGUCAAGGCUGAGCUCGCCGUUGCCAUCGCUGAGGCCCUCGACGCCAUCGCCAAGGGCAAGACCGCCCUUGAGAGCGUCCUCUCCGGCCUCGUCAACGUCCUCACCCUCACCAAGGCCAAGCUCGAGGCCGAGGAGAAGAAGCUCGUCGCCCUCAGCGUUGCCCUGCUCAAGAAGCUCGAUGCCACUCUCCAGUCCGUCGAGAUCUCCGCCUCCGCCUCGAUCUCCGCCAAGUUCGACGCCACCCUUGCCGCCCUUUAAAUGGAUUGAUGCCCCACAAUUAUGAGA